CCCCCUUAAACGCGCAAGCAAAGUUAAUGUUCUUUUCGCAUCUUGGAGCACUUUUAACGCCGGGGUUCCAACGCCAGCGAUCGAGAAUACCGCUUAUUGUGUCUGUAUAUUUGAGAUAUCAAAAGACUGGGCUCUGUAAAGGAGACGACGCUAGUUAGCGAUCUUUAGAAUUGAAGCCGGGUGUUGUAACGGACACAAAGACGUCGCAAUGCACUUCGACGAUCUUCUUAAGACUCUUGGAGAGUUUGGCACCUUUCAAAAGAGAAGAUACGCCCUGUUGUGUAUACUGAGCUUCCAGUCGGUAAUGGCUACUCUGGGAAUUGUGUUUUUUGGUGCUCAGAUGGACCAUCAUUGUAAGGUCCCUGCUCACUACAUAGACUGGGUAACACAGGCGUAUGGAAACGUUUCACAGGAAGAACUUUUAAAUAUUACCAUACCUCGAAAUAAAGACGGGGAGAGAGAACAAUGUAUCUUGUAUAGAUUUGACAAUGACACUCGUUUGGAGGCAAUAUACAGCAUAGCAGAUGGUCGAAACAUAACUUCUGAAUUUUCCCACAGUUUCGGAGCACUACAUUUGGAGAGAAGUAACAUCACUACAGAACCAUGUCCAGAAGGAAGAAUUUAUAGCCAGGAACCGUUUAAGAGCACACUUGUUUCUGAGUUUGACCUGUCUUGUGAGAAUGCUUGGCAACUGAGUACUUGCAAGUCAGUGUUGUUUGCUGGAAAACUUUUGGGAAUCUUAGUGUCAGGUGUGAUAUCAGACAGAUUUGGAAGACGGCAUGUGUUUUUGUUCGGUCAGCGUUCGCUCCAAACAUGCUGA